CCAGUCAGUUCAGUUCAGUUCGAGACGAGCAUUCGUGAGCAGCAAACAUUUUAGGCACAACAAAAAACAGAUCGAAAAUUCCAAAAUUUCAGUUCAUUUUUUCGCUAGAUUUUAAAUUUUUAGUUUCGAUAAAAAGCAGCGUUCAGAAUGGCCAACAGCAACGGGAAGGAGACUUUCUCCGCGGCCAGAAAGUGGGCGCCUUACGUGACGCCGGCAGCUUCCUGUCCGGAGAGCUCGUGCCACAGGCGUCGCCCAGCGCUGGAGUCGCCACCAGCGGCACGCCCGCACGCCAGCCAGCAUGCAAUUUGGACAUCGGCUGAGGAGGAGCAGCCGCUCGGUCCAGCAUCAGUUGGGGCAGCCAGCAGUUCGGGCAAUCAGCUUCCAUUUCCAACAGGAUCGUGUCCGUGCAGCCGCCUGCGGCCCAGCACUUCUCGCCCUCAGGCAAUGUUCUCGGCAGGUCGUGCCUCGGCCAUUGGAUCGAGCCUGGGCUCUGGCCUAGACGUGGAUGAAGAACAAUUCGAAGCCACUUCGGAGUGGUCCCCCAAUUGGCGCCUGGAGAUGCCGCAACCUUGCUUCAGCCGCCCGUCCUCGCAGGCAGGCGCAGAAAAUGCUCAAUACCAGUUCGGGGCAUUGCCAACCCGAUCGUCGACUACCCAGCACCCAGCUGCGCAGGCAAAUCCCUCAACAACCACACUGGCAUCACCGUCUGCCACCUCACGCGUGCAAACACAGAUUUGGGUUGCAAGUUCCAGCACUCGGACAUCGGCUGCAGACGAAGACUUUGCCACAGUCAGUCGGCCUCGGGACAGGUUCCGUUUCUGGUCCAGGCCAGCUCGAGAUCAAUCCGCAGGUUCAGCCUCUUGGGGGCAGCUUUCAGCGGCAGCGGGUGAGGAGACAAUCGCCUGUCCCAUUGCUGGAUGCAACGACAAAUUCUCCGCCUGCAAUCUGCUGGCCCACGUGCUCGUGGCGCACUUGUCGCGGGGCAAACAGGAUCUGGGGUAUGCCCACGACUCGGAGGCCUGUGUGUUUUCCUUUGAGCCCAGACAGCUGAGGCCCUGCCGCACUGUGUGCCUGGGCGUGGUUCUGUUUUGUGGCAAGAAGAGAGUCGAAGAGGCCCCGCUGUGGGUGCCACUCGAAAGGAAUGCAAGCCCGCUGCAGGAGUUCAGGGAGUACUUGCCGGUGCUGGUGCUGGGCAAGCACUCAUUCGAGGACGAGGACCAGGACGAGGACCAGGAGGCAGAGCUCAAGUCCGGCAGAGUGCCACCGCCCCAGGGAUCGACUUUCAUCUGGGCACAGAGCGCGGCUGGCAGUCGGCCCCUGUACGCCACCAUAACGGCCUUCAACGGCGACCUGACCCAGUCGCGCAGCUGCAUUCGUCGUGUGGCCACUGGCAGCGAGGCUGCACCCACGGUGGCUGGCAUGGAGAAGCCGCGACGCAGCAACUCGCUGCACCUGACCGAGAUGGACCUGCAGGCGCUGAAGGGAGAGUCGCGCCGCAAGGGGAUUCGCCUCCAAAUGAUCAUCCAUGAGCAGCCAACGGUGUCUGAAACUGGCGCAAGGUAUCUCGGCUCUGACUAGAGGAGGAUCAGGGCAGGCCCUCCCACUCGAAGGAGCUUUACGGCUUUCAGCACGAGUGCCGAGUCCUGUGGCACUUGUAUCAUAAUGGCAGUCGUUUCCAACUGCCAUGCGACACCACAGACGGAGGAGUGUGGGAGUGCAGGAGGAGCUGCGGUGGAGGGACUGGCACAACAAUUAUUGCCACCGAACCCUCAAGUCAUUAGGGUGCAGCAGCCACAAGAAGAAGCUGCCCUGCGUUUGCCCCCAACUGCCAACAACCGAGACGGGGGGGAGUACACUCCCCGCCAGCCCUGGCACAGCCACCACCACUCACAGGAGCAGCAUCAAGGAGCUGCGCUGCGCUGUGCUUCGCUUCUUAUUCGAAAGUAAUUAGCAUAAAAAUAAAUACCACUCAUU